GACUGCUCUUAUUAUCUUGUGUUUAUAAAUACAUAUAUAUUUAUGUUUGUAUUCCAAUCACGAUCUAAAGUUCUUCACGUUCAACCCGCGUUCAGUCUUCACCGGGUUUCUGUUUGUUUGUUUGUUUGUUUUCUGCCUUGGAGUUCUCUCAGGUGUUUUCGCUCCUCUCCCAUCGUGUAGUGAUCACUGAAGGCAUUUUCUUUCUUUCUCCGUGUUGUUUACGUUGGAGGGUCCCCCCACCCCCAACCUGUACCACUGAUAUUUUCUUGCACUAAGCUGUUCAGUUACUUUCCGUCUAGUAGAACCUUCCUUUGAGCUCACUCUCCGGUGUAACGAGUCCAACGACUUCGCACACACAUGCACAGACAGACAGACAGGCGCUCUCUUGGUCAAUAACUCCAUUCGUUUUCUUUUUAGCAUUUUCUGCAAGGUGGCCACUUACGCUUCGCAAUCCUCCACAAGAGAACAGAUCCUCAGCUGCUAACAGCGCACUUCUAUUAGUAUAGAACGCGUCUUGUUUCCGCUCUCCGGCAGUCAUGAUGUCGCACGCAGACGCAGAGGCGGCGGCGGCGGCCAUUGUGGACAAGACCACGCACGAGAACAACAUCGAGGAACACCUCGCAGCAGCCAACGGAGAGGUGGAGGAGAUCCACUCCGAGCUGGAGCAGGAGGCCGCCGAGGAGGAGGCGGAGAUGACGGCGGCGGAGGGCAAGGUCGAAGCUGCCGCGGAGGAAAAGAUGGCAGAGGCCGAGACAGACGCCCACGAGGAGGCCGAAGAGGCGGAGGCGGCGGCUGAAAACGCUGAGGCUACAGCAGCGGCAGAGGCAGAAGAAGCGGAGGCGGAGGCGGAGCUCCAGUCGGAGCACUCUGUGUCGGCGGCGGAGGCGGCGGAGGCGGCAGAGGCGGCAGAGGCCGCGGAGAGGGCGGCCAUCGAGGAGGAGGCCGCCAAGGAGGAAGGUGCUGCGCAGGAGGGGGAGCCCGUAGCGGAGGAGCGCGCCAACGAGGAGGGGCCCGCGGAGGCGGAGGCCCUCAACGCAGCCGCCCCCGCUGGGGCGUCGGCACCUCCUGAGGAGGCGGAGGAGGAGGCGCCGAAGGUCGGCUCCCGCAUCUUCGUGAAGAUGCCGGAGGAGGUGCGCCGCCGACGCAGCCAGUCCCGUGAAGCCCGCCGCAGCGGCAUGCUGCACCGCCGCGAGGAGCCUGACAUGUCCCGCCCGACCGUAAACGACGCCCCGGUGGCCGCCGCAGAGGAGCCACACGCGCCGGAGGAGCACCAGCCCGAGCCACAGCCGCAGCCGGAGACCGCUGCAGUGGAGGAGGAGGCCGCAGAGGCAGAGAACGAUGUGAACGAGGAGGCGGAGAAGGCGGAGACGGAGGUUCACGGCGAGGCCGCGCAGGAAGAAGAAGCGGCGGCCACGGCAGAGGCGGAGGCGACGGAGGAGGCCGCCCACGCAGCGGAGGAAGCCCACGAGGACGCCGCCAAGGCGGAGGAGGAGGCAGAAAAGACGGCCGAAAACGCUGAGGAGGUCGCGGAGCACAAGGAGGAGGCGGCGGCCGAUGAGAAGGUGGCCGAAGAGAAGAAUCAAGAGCCCAAGAAGGAGGAGACCAAGAAGGAGGACGCCAAGGAGGACGCCAAGAAGGAUGCGGCGCCGGCCCCCAAGAAGGACGCAAAGAAGAAGGACAAGGGUGGCUGCUGCAUCACGAUGUAA